AUGGUAAUUGAUAUACUACUCAAAAAUGACAAAGUUCGUAUACGCGAUGUAUCCACCGUAGAAUGGAAACUUAACGAAAUGAUUAAUGCCGGCAAAGAUAAACUAUUGGUAAUUUCCGACUUUGAUUAUACUUUAUCUCGUUUUCACGAUGCUGAAGGUAAGAGUUGUUGCACAACGCACGGUGUUUUUGACGUUGCUGCGCAAACAGUAUCAAAAGAACUUGAAACUGUUUUGAAAAACUUGAAAAGCAAGUAUCUUCCGAUUGAGUUCGAUCCACAUAUGACAAUUGCUGAAAAAAUGCCUCACAUGGAAAAUUGGUGGAGAACUUCUCAUCAGCACAUAAUUAAAGCUGGUUUCACGAAGCAGUCAAUUCAAAAUUUUGUUCGUGAAGCAAAACUGGAAUUAAAAACACUGAAUAUUUUUGGUUUUCAAGGAGCACAUACAGUUGUACCAAAAUAUCUCGUUUUCAGAGAGGGUGCGCAGGAGUAUAUACUGGCAUUACAUGAUUAUAACGUGCCACUGAUAAUUUUUUCUGCUGGUGUUGGGAAUGUUAUCGACUUUUUUAUGCAGGAAGCAUUUGGCCAAUUGCCGAAUAAUGUUCACAUUGUUUCGAAUAUGAUGAAAUAUAAUGAGAAUGAUGUAGCAACUGCAUUCAGUGAACCUUUGAUACACACAUUUUCCAAAAACACUGCAGUUAUUAGUCAUUACGGAUCUCUGUUGAACGAAAUUUCAUCGAGAACUAGUGUAUUAUUAUUGGGUGAUACUCUUGGAGAUUCGAAUAUGGAUUCGGGGUUGAAAUGUGAGCUCGUGGCGUUGAAAAUUGGAUUUUUAAAUUACAAUGACGAAACAUUAUUGAAUCAGUAUUUGCAUAGUUACGAUAUUGUGUUAUUGGAUGACCAAAGUUUGCAAGUUCCUAGUCUAAUUCUCAACUCGAUAUUUGAUGGAUUUAGCGAUGAAAAAAAUCUAUCAACUUGUAUUAGCUGUCGUUUUGAGUCGGAAGAUAAUGCAGCUAUUAAAGAAGGAGAAUCCGUUUCAGUAGAAAGUAAUGCUCGCGCUUGA